CUGACGGAGGAGCUGAGGAAAAAGGAUGAGAGUUUGCAGCAGCUCCAGGCAGAAAAAGAUGCGCUGAGCAACGCCCGAAGGGCAGAGGCAGAGGAGGAAAUUCGGGAGCUGCAGGAGCAGAAGAGGCGGCUACAGCAGGAGCUGGAGGCUGCGGCACAGGUGGAGAGGGGGCUGCGGGAGCAGAGCGAGAGUCUCAGCCGGGAGCUGCAGGAGGCCCAGAGCCGACGCGACGCCCUUGAGGCUCAGCUCCAGGAGCACUCCCAGGAGCAGGAGGAGCUGCGGCAGCGCCUGGCGGCGGCCGAGGACUCACAGGGGGACACGGAGCAGCGCCUGCGGCAGGCGCAGGAGCUGCUGGAGCUGCAGGCGCAGGAGCACAUGGCGGCCGCCCGCGCCCACCGGGAGCAGCACCGCGCCGAGCUGGAGGGCCGCGUUGGGGAGCUGCGGGCGUUGCUGGGGGACGCGGAGCGGCAGCGGGAGCUGCAGGAGGCGGAGGGCCGGGCGCUGCGCCAGGAACUGAAAGACGUCCGGGACGGGCAGCGUAUCCUGGAGAAGAAGGGCAGCGCCGCGGUGAGCCCCAGGGCUGGGUGUGGGGGAGGUGUGGGGCACGGGGGGGGUGACAGCCUGCCCCAUUGUGCCCCAUUGUGCCCCAUUGUGCCCCAUUGUGCCCCAUUGUGCCCCAUUGUGCCCCAUUGUGCCCCAUUGUGCCCCAUUGUGCGGCACCUGGAGGUGAGCAGCGCGUCCAUGGCGGAGGAUCUGUGCCGGAAGAGCGCCAUCAUUGAGAGCUUCGUGCGGGACAGCCGCCUGGAGGCCGCAGGCCCCACCGUGGCCUCCCGGCGUGGGGCGGGGCCGGGUGAGGAGGGGCUGCGGGAGAUGAACAAGAAACUGCAGAACCUCCUGGAGGAGCAGCUGACCAAGAACCUGCACCUGAGCCAGGACCUGGAGAUGCUCUCCCAGGAGCUGGCGCGGCUCCGCAACGAGCGGGCUCCGCCCUGA